CGUGCACACCCGGGGAAAGCACUUUGUGGCUGGGGAGCUGGUCUGGGUCUACAGCCCCCUAAGGAAAAAAGGCAGAUGCCCCAAGUUGGACAGUCACUGGGUGGGACCCUGCAGUGUCCUGGAGAGGGUAGGGGAGGUUGUGUACCGGGUGCAGCUUCCUCCCAGGGGGAGAAAGGUGGCACUGCACCGGGACAGGUUAGCCCCAUACAGAGGGGCCUCUUCUCCCCAAACCCCAGGAACCCCCACAAUUCCCCUCUCUGGCAAUGACAUUCUCCAGGCACCCACCCUCAGGUGCCGCAGACAAGGCUCCAGACAGCCCACUCCCCUGUCUCCCCCUGUGUCACCGCGUGGUUCCCCAGAGCCACGGACUGUAUUACCCGUUCCCGCUUCCUUGUCACCCAUAUCCCUGCCUUCAUCCCCUGGGUCCCAGAGGGGCACUCUGCGACCAUCACGGCCACGCAGGCAAAGGAGACCUCCGGGUCGCUUCAGAGACUUUGUUUGUUCCCUCGGGGACGAGGGACUUUGUGGUGGGGGGGCUGUGUAGCGACCCGCACAGACAGCUGUGUGUUAUGUGUUAGGCUAGGAGGUGGUUGUGUUGUACUGACCAGUACCCGGUGUUCGCGGGGUCCGACCUGUCAAUCAACCUGCUAUCUGCCAAUCACGGGAAUGCCUGGAAUGUUCUGAUGCCGGGCAUCCUGGUGGUUGGCGGAGUGGCGUGGAGGGGGGUUGGGCAGGGGGGUGGAGCAUUGGAAGUUAAGACCAGGUUCAGCCUUUGUUCUCUCUCUCUUACGUCUGGGUUUCACAAGAGAAGGUCACGAUUGGCUUGUGGGUUAUCUGUCAUCUAUUUGGCGUGUGCUACGGCCCAAACAGUAGCCUGUGUAAAGUUGGUGUAAUAAACCGUCAAUUCGUAAACUCAAGCCUCUGUCUGGACAAUUGUUCAUUUAUGAUCUAGUCAGGUCAUUACAAUAUUUAUGUAGCAAGCUUAAAACACGGAACCUAACGUUAGAUAGCUAGCUGCUUAGAGGAUGUCAUGCCAAUGGAGGAGUGGGUGCCUUACGUGAGGGUGGCCCCUGAGGACCUCCUGAGGGCCCGUUUCCCGCGCUUCUCGCCCCUGGACCUGCGGCCCACCAAUGCACAUGUCAGCCUAGCCGUAGUGGACUUGCUCUCCUUCUUCAACAGCACCAGCGCCUGUCUACUCUGCGCCAGGGCUGACUGUUUGAUGAACCUGGAGCAGUUACUGCGUCAGUUCCUAAUCUCUAAGGAGACGCUGACUGUUCGUGUGCUGGAUGACAGUCAGGACCCCAUGCCUGUUCUAAAAGAGAUCCGCAACGACCAGACUGACACCAUCAUAGUGGACGCCAACGCCACUGUGUCCCACCUCAUCCUGGAACGGGCGUCAGAGUUGGGGAUGCUGUCCAUCUACUACACCUACAUCUUCACCACAAUGGAGUUCUCUCUGCUGCAGUUGGAUGACAUCCUGGUGAAGCGCUGGGUCAACAUCCUUGGCUUCUCUGUCCUCAACCACAGCCAUCCUUACUUCCCUGACCUCCUCCUCAGUCUCAACCGCUCCUGGCAGGAAAACUGUGACCAUGCCCCUUUCACUGGGGUCCCGCUCUCCCCAGCCCUGCUGUUUGAUGCCAUGCAUGUGGUGGUGUCCGCUGUGAGGGAGCUCAACCGCAGCCAGAGCGUGGGCGCCACACAGCUAACCUGUCAAUCACCCAAAAUCUGGGAGCACGGCACCAGCCUGAUGAACUACCUACGGAUGGUAGAAUUGGAAGGUCUAACUGGACACAUAGAGUUCAACAGCAAAGGCCACCGCUUCAACUACGCCCUGAGGGUCGUACAGAGCAGCUCAGAGGGGCUAAGGCAGGUUGGUGAGUGGCAUUCGGAGCACGGUCUGUCCAUGGAGAGCAAUAUCAACAUCCUCAUCAUGGCCGGCACCAUCUUCAACACCACCCUCACCAUCACCACCAUCUUGGAGAACCCCUACGUGAUGCUGAGGUCCGAACACCAGGCCCUGGAGGGCAACGAGCGCUACGAAGGAUUUUGUGUAGACAUGCUGCGAGAGCUGGCCGAGCUGCUGCACUUCAGCUACCGUCUGCGGCUGGUGGCGGACGGCGUGUACGGCGUGCCCAGUGCCAACGGCACCUGGACGGGCAUGGUGGGUGAGCUCAUCUCUAGGAAAGCUGACCUGGCUGUAGCGGGGCUCACCAUCACCUCAGAGAGAGAGAAGGUCAUUGACUUCUCCAAACCCUUCAUGACCCUGGGCAUCAGCAUCAUGUACACAGCACACAUGACACGUCGACCAGGCUACUGGUCCUUCCUAGACCCAUUCUCUCCAGGCGUAUGGCUCUUCAUGCUGCUGGCCUACCUGAUCGCCAGCUGUGUGCUCUUCCUGGUGGCCAGGCUAACGCCGUAUGAGUGGUGUAGUACUGAGCCAUGCUUGCGGGGGCGCUGUAAACUGGUGCUGAAUCAGUACACUCUGGGAAACAGUCUGUGGUUCCCUGUAGGGGGGUUCAUGCAGCAAGGCUCAGCCAUCACCCCCCAUGCCCUGUCCACACGCUGCCUCAGUGCUGUCUGGUGGUUCUUCACCCUGAUCAUAGUGUCCUCCUACACAGCCAACCUGGCUGCCUUCCUCACCGUUCACAGGAUGGAGGUGCCCAUCGAGUCUGUGGAUGACCUGGCAGACCAGACCACCAUAGAGUACGGCACCAUGCAGGGAGGGUCCACCAUGACCUUCUUCCAGAACUCUCAGUACCAGACCUACCAGCGCAUGUGGAACUUCAUGCAUGCCAAGCAAACCAGUGUGUUUGUGAAGAGCACGGAGGAAGGCAUCGACCGGGUGCUGAAGUCCAACUACGCCUACCUGUUGGAGAGCACCAUGAACGAGUACUACCGCCAGCGCAACUGUAACCUCACCCAGAUAGGAGGCGUGCUGGACACCAAAGGCUACGGCAUCGGCAUGCCACUGGGCUCAGUGUACCGGGACGAAAUCGACCUGGCCGUACUCAAACUCCAAGAGGACAACAGGCUGGAGAUCCUUAAGAGGAAGUGGUGGCAGGGAGACAAGUGUUCCAAAGAGGAUGACCGUCAAGCACAGGGGCUGGGCAUGGAGAAUAUAGGUGGAGUCUUUAUUGUCCUGUUGUCUGGUCUACUGCUGGCUGUGUUCAUGGCGGGGCUGGAGUUUGUCUGGGUGCAGCAACACUCUCCAAGGUCAGAGUUGUCCAUGUGUACAGAGAUGCUGAGGGCUCUCCAUGGGAUCCUGCUGUGUGAAGACAGUAUGGCACUGCAUGGUUUACGAGACCCAGGGAUAUUACUACAAACACACACUUCACUCCCAGAGGAGCAUGGCAGGACCAAGACAGCCACUUGCACCCUCAGUAACGGCAUGGACAACAGUUGCAGCGGUCCUAUGGAGUCACAGGCUCAUAGACUGGCACAGGAAGCCAUUUUGGGUCCACGGGGCUGCACUCACAUCCGCAUCUGCCCAGAGUGCAGGGGAUAUAAAGGACUGCGGGUGCAAACACUGCUACCCAGAAAACACUCACCAGACCUCAGAGAGGAGAAUGUUUAGUGCAGGGUUCCCCAACUGGUGAUUUUAUUUGGCCCUCCCAAGUUUGAGCAAAACUAAAUAUUAUUUAUUGUUGGACAUAAGACUGAAAACACACCUCCAAGUGAUUUUAAUGUUGGAAACCUGUUCCAAAGUGUAGAGGUGUGUGAUCAUAUACACAUUUAAAAGCAAGGUUUUAAAUUAUUUUAGUGAAAUAUUUGUUUGGGCUUUUUGCAGUUUACAAAUGUGUAAUUAUGUUCCGGCCCCCUGACCAUUGCUCAACAUAAAAUCUAGUUGAUGAUCCCUGAUUUAGGGGGGCGGUGGCACUGACAACUGAGGUGAAUGUUUGAACACGAGAUAGCAUCUAUUGUUUUCAAUGUAUUCUACUCACGUUCACACAUGCCGUUUCGUGAUUGUCUAGAUCGGGUUUUAUAGAGAGCCGAUUACACCUGCGCACUGACGGCAUCACAUCAUCCAGAAACAUUAUAGACAGUGGAUGAAUAUAAAAUGUAUCUUUGCCUGUGUGAGUGACAAAAAAAAAUGACUUGAAUAAUUUAAUGGAUGUUUUUUGUACAAUGAUGACUAAAGUUUUGUAAUUUUCACAUUUCACUUUACGCGGCCAUCUUUUUGGACUGGACUUCAGCUAAAAUGCAAUACCGAAAGUGUCCUGGGUUCAGUGGAAAGCGUGCUUCCAGACUGGAACCCUGGGGCCUUGGACAAGUGGCCCAGGGUCAGUGCACUUUAUUUCAUCAAUGUUCAGACAGGUUAAUAACCCCUGAACCCAAAGAUUGAGGAUGGCGCAACGCCAUCUAAUGAAAUAAAGUGCAAAGACCAACAAGUGGACCAGGGUC